GACGCCGGCCCGGGCGGGACUCCGACGGCCCUCGCCGGCCCUCGCGCUCCGGGCCCCGACGGGCGGGCGCGCUGCGCGGGGCCCUCCGACCGGGGACCGUGUCCCCCAGCAGCGUCGCCAUGUCCUCGGUGUUCGGGAAAGCGCGCGCGGGCAGCGGGCCGCAGAGCGCGCCGCUCGAGGUCAACCUGGCCAUCCUGGGGCGCCGCGGGGCCGGCAAGUCCGCUCUCACCGUGAAGUUUCUGACCAGGAGGUUUAUCAGCGAAUAUGACCCCAACUUGGAGGACACCUACAGCUCCGAGGAGACAGUGGACCACCAGCCUGUCCACCUGAGGGUCAUGGAUACUGCAGACCCGGACACCCCCAGGAACUGUGAGCGCUACCUGAACUGGGCCCACGCCUUCCUGGUGGUGUACAGCAUGGACAGCCGCCAGAGUUUCGAGGACAGCAGCAGCUACCUGGAGCUGCUUGCUUUGCAUGCCAAGGAGACACAGCGCAGCUCCCCUGCCCUGCUGCUGGGCAACAAGCUGGACAUGGCCCAGUACAGGCAGGUCACCAAGGCCGAGGGCGCGGCCUUGGCGGGCAAGUUCGGGUGCCUGUUUUUUGAGGUCUCCGCCUGCCUGGACUUUGAGCACGUGCAGCAUGUCUUCCACGAGGCGGUGCGGGAGGCACGGCGGGAGCUGGAGAAGAGUUCUCUGCCCCGGCCCCUCUUCAUCUGCGAGGAGAGGGCCCUGCCCCACCAGGCUCCACUCACCGCCCGGCAUGGUCUGGCCAGCUGUACCUUCAACACACUUUCCACCGUCAGUCUGAAGGAAAUGCCUGCCGUGGCCCAGGCCAAGUUGGUCACGGUGAAGUCAUCCCGGGCCCAGAGCAAGCGCAAGGCACCCACCCUGACUCUGUUGAAGGGCUUCAAGAUCUUCUGAGGGCCCCGCCUAAGUCUGAGGAUCCCAGACUCAGCAGCUGGGUGGGGCUGCAGGACAGGGGCUGGCCUCUCCCAGUGGCCUUCCCUCAAACAGAACGAUAGCCCUUGCCCUCUGGUGAGCAGCUGACCCCUUUCUGGCACCAAACCCAGUUCACAGUGUGAGCCAGAAGGACAGGCAGGAAUGCUGCUCUUGCUCACUCCAGGCCUUGGUUUCCAUGGUAACCACCGCAUUCCCUGAUCCUGAAGGGAAAUAGCUACUGAGACAACCCAGAGACCUUGGGUCAGCCUGAAGUGGAAGGAAAUUGUGGUGUCCGUCGUGGUGCCAUCACCCCUCCCUGCUCUAGCGACAGCCAGGCCUAAUGUGGCCUCUAGUGGACAGCUCUGCAUGGUCCAGCUCUAGGAAGGGUAGGCGGCGAGUGGUCCACAGGAGGCGCACCCUGAGGUCCUAGCACCACCUGGUGGACAAGAAGGGCAGAGCGGCUACGGGUCAUGUGGGGGCUUGAGCCUGGCCCUCCUGUUGUCCUCUGACUUCCCAGCAGCCCCAGGCAAUAAAUCCCACAGUUUACCCAAAUCAAAUCUGGUUUAAAUAAUCCUAUGGGACAGGCUGUGAGAAGUAAAAUUCCCAGAAGGGCCAUUUCAUGUGCUUUGGCUUUCAAUGAGGAUUGGGGGCUCUGGGUCGUCCAGAGUAGGGAGCCUCCAGUGUUUUGUUUCACCAGGAGACAGGGCCCCCUUAUUUUCCCAUCUUAAAUUACAGAUGCUCUACAGAGCCUCAGAUCCAGCCUCCUGAAGUUUAAUGAUCAAAACUGCAGAACAAAAUCAUUCUCUCUAAUGGCCAUCACCCAGGACUCCAGGGAACCUGCAACUGGCAGUAUCAAGCACCCAGUGGGCAGUUAGCCUGCUCCAGGCUCGUAGGUAGAAACACAGUAUGCCAGCUGGGAGCCUGGUCUAGCAGGACCCAGUACCUUCAACAAUGGCUCUGAGUGUUCUAAGUCCACUUUUGAAAGAUAGAACCUAAGGCAUUUUGAGUUCAUAAAGCAAUUUUUUACAUAAAUUAUUUGGGGCCGCCCCCACCAAUGGGAUUCCAUUGUUAGCACAGGGAGUUUCAUAGUCUUCUAAUGCUGUUUACCUCGGGGGCCCCUGGCCCAAAGGAAGUCUCUUAGGAUCGUCAGCAGAUAAGCAGGUAAAGGAGAGGGCUCAGGUAGGAGGAAGGGGUGGAAGGGGAUUCUGAGCCCAGAACCCUGCUCUUGGCAAUCCCAGGAGGUGGAGUUAAGAACAACAGCUCUACCCCAGCCUUCAGCCACAUUCUGUAGAUGGAGAAGCUGAGGUCAGAGUGAGGCUGUGAACCCCUCAAGACCGCAUGAGGAGUCCUAGCCGGGCUUCCUGAUCCACAGGCCGGUUCUGGAUUUUGUGCUUUUGCUCCAAGCCGCUUGUGUCAGACCACUGCCAUUUGAACAAAUUAUGCAAUUCCAAAUGCCUGCUUCCAGAAGCAUUUUAAUAAAAAGUGGUCCCCCCCCCCAACAGA